AUGUCAAAACGGGUGAAUUAUUAUGAAGUUCUAGGGGUUCCUCAAGAUGCCGACUUAAGCAUAAUUAAGAAGUCGUAUAGGACCUUGGCCAUGAAGUGGCAUCCUGACAAAAACCCAAACAAUAAGGCCGAGGCUACAGAGAAGUUCAAGCAAAUUUCGGAGGCGUACGAAGUGCUAUCCGACCCCAAGAGAAGGAGAAAAUAUGACCUGUACGGAACCGACGAGAAUUACAUGCCGGACGAGAAUGACGAAUUUUCCAACUUCCACAAGAAUUUCGGAUUUAAUGAUGCACAGAGGAUAUUUGAAAUGUUCUUUGGAGAUUCCACUCCUUUCGGGAAUGAAUCGUUUUUUAGUGAAGUCAUGGGUUCCUCCUUUGGUGACAGUAGAAGAGGAAGAAUGGCUAGAUCCAAUGACCCUUUCGAUAAUUUCUUCGGAUCCUCCUUUAACAUCUCCUUUGGUUCAUCCAACUUUGACACUUUCAUGGAUGGAGGUUCCAGCUUCACGUCUGUAGAGACUUCAACCUCCAACGGAGGAAAAUUUAAAAACCGAUUUGUAAAAACUUCCACGUCCAAGACCACCUCCAUUAUUAAUGGAAAGCGAGUCACAAGGAUUGAGACAGUGAAGACUUUGCCUAAUGGCACUAUCGAGAGGACGGUGACUGAGCGUGAGGAAGAUGGACGAGGCAACGUUAACGUCAGGCAGUUACCUGCACACGAAAUGAGACGAAACAAAAGAUGA